UCGGCUGCUCUGCUCUUCCCGUUAUUCACUCUUGUACUCCGCCUCCGCUGUAUCUCCCCACGCUCUCGGCGGCAUAUUGCUCGCCGCCGCCUCUUUCUCAGCCCCGGCAGCCGACUGGUGUCAUAAAGGGCGUAAAGUUAUGUUCUUUUAGUUCUUGGAUUUGUGCCGGUCCAAGCGGAAGAGAGAUACUUGUCAUAGCUUCAAAUAUUUGUGGGGGCGACUGAUUUCAGUCCUCAAUAGGAAUCAAGGAAUAUAGAGAACCUCUCACAUGGGGGAAGAAGAGAUUCCGAGCUUCGUUCUCAAUGCUUCUCUUGAAGCCAAACUCCAGGAGCUUCUGCAUUAUAUCACUUCCACGGAGAUUAAGUUAUGCGCCGACGGUGCAAAGGAAUUCGUUAAGCUGUUAAAAGGGAGCCGCGGAGGCGAAUUGCUUCGUCUGUACUUGCGGACUUCGCCCAAGUGCCCCGAGCUGUUAGAAACUUGGAAGCUCCGACAAGGCAAACCCGGAAUCUCUUACAUACUUUCGCUUAUUUCCGCCCUGCUCGAUCACCCUGAUGGAAGGUAUGUACAGGGCGAUAGAACGAGGAUUGCUCACUGCAGGGUUCUCGAUGAUUUCGCCAGGUUGCUAGUUGAUGAGAAGUUGGAAGACGUUUACGGGGAGUUGAACAGUAAAGAGGCUAAGCGCCAGAAAGCUGCCCUUCAGCUCAUGGCUUCGAUAGUGAGGCGGAUUUCGGAUUUGGCCACUGAGGUCGCCAAAAAGUUUGAUUUCACUCUUCCGGCCUUCCGAAAGCUCGGGGAGUACAGGAAGAAGAAGAGAGUGGAUGACAAGAGGAAACACUCGACGAGGAAGCCUUUUGUCGGGUUUGCAAUGUCCUUCUUGGAGGUGGGGAGGCCUGGGUUGUUGAGGUGGAUUCUCCAGCAGAAAGACAUGUAUUCUGGCGUCCUGCGUGGUCUUGAAAAUGAUGAUGAUGAGACCUUAAUUUUUAUCCUGUCUACCUUACGCGACAGAGUUCUCACUGCAGAGUCCCUGGUGCCCCCGGGCCUUAGGAGUGUGCUGUUUGGGAGUGUCACCUUGGAGCAGUUGGUCAGUAUUUCUGGAAGGGAGAAUGGAGGGCUUGCCUCUGAGUUGGCGCAUAGCAUCCUAGUCAUGGUCUGUACUCAUCCUUCCAAUGGGUUGAUGCCUGAUUUGAAGAGAAGCACAAACCAGUUGAAAGGUAACCCGAAGCGUCUGUUAGGAUUGAUGAAGAAGCUUAGAGCAGCAGAGAUUGGGUACCACAGGGAUCUUCUUUUGGCUAUUGUUCAUGGGAAACCAUCUUUUGGGUCAGCUUACAUGGAAGAGUUUCCUUACAACAUCGAGGAUCAUGCAUCACCAAACUGGUUUUCUGCUGUUUCUCUUGCAGCCGAUGUGGUUUCAGCUGUGGGCAUGGGUAGCCCUUUCGUUUUCCUGGAUUCCAUCUCUUAUCAUCCGCCUCCUUUUGAUGGACCUGAUGUUCAAAAUGUCAUUAAAAGUGUAUGUCCACGUCCUUUCACCCGAUCCAAUAUGAACAAGGGGUUGCUUCAUACUGAUAUUCUUGUGAAAAAUGCAACCUUGAGGCUUCUCUUGGAGGAGCUGAGGUUACUGGAUUCCUUUAUCUGUUCUCUGGAUAUCAGAUCGAGGAAUCUGCCUAGCUGGGAAGCUUUCAAGAGAGAGAUUCAAAAUGAAGCGCGAACCGUGCUCCCUGAUCCCCAGGUUUUACUGAGUCUGCUUUCUUCUCUAAGCAGUACUUUGAAAAGUAACGGAUCUCAUGUAAAGAGAAAAGCAAGUUCGGAGGAUUCAGACUCGCUAGUCCAGAACAGCUAUUCUGUUAAGAAAAGGAAAGUAGGUAACUCAGGGGAGGAUGCGGAUAUUAUAGUAGGUGGAAUUGCUUCUGAUAUAGAUGUUAAUUUGCCAGACGAAAAUGAGGAAAUCGCUGAUCUUGGGGAAGAUAUGGAUGACAGCAAGAAUCUAGCACACUUGUAUGCUGAAAUAUGGGGUUCUGACCAAUCCCAGAUUCCUGUUUCUACUACAAGGGAUGCGGAGAUAUACUUUUGUACCAAGCUUUUUGAAGCUCUCCAAAUUUAUCUUCGUAUAAUGCCCAGUGUGCUGGAGGGCUCAUUUGAUUUCUUUGUAAAUCUCCUUAGCAAUUCUCCCAAUUUACCAAUGAAUCUAUUGAGUUCAGUGCUAGGUCUGCUAGUGGAGUACAUCAGAUGGCCCCCCGGGAGUGUUAUCCCACUUAGAACCCCAGCCCUGAUGUACAAACAUUUGCAGACUUUGAUUAACUUAUCAUUGUUCUCACCACUUAGCAGCAUAAGGGCUCAGGCCUAUCGUCUCUCAGUUGCUGCUAUGUUAAGCACCGGGGCAUUUGAUAAGAAUCCACAUGAAGUGGACGCGUGGUCCUUGUUCCUACCAAAUUACAUAGGCAAUACAGUGCAAGAGAUUGAAGUUCUGCAGAGUUUCUCUUCAGCAGUCAUCUCAUUCCUCUGUGAUGCCGUAUCCACAAUUGGGAAGAAUUUGUUCAAGUUUUGGGAUCUUGUUCGCUGCAAUGCAAGAAAGCUCAAAGAUUCAAAAGAUUAUGCACUUAAUUUUAGCCCUCUCGCCAUCUGUAUCCUGCAGAAGUGUUUGAGGGUGAUCAAGUCUGAAUCAGGGUCUUUUCCUUUAUCUGAGAAAACAGUGAUAUCAAUCUACGUAAGCAGUACCUUGAAAUAUCUCCUACAAACCCAGGUCGAUCCAAGUAUGUUAUCUGCUGCAAUUUUGUCACUGAUGUCUGACACAAUUGGUGAGUGCCCAAAUGAGGAUGAUUUGUCUGGAGAUUUUUUAUGUGAAUGGAGACCAUUGAAGAGUUUAUUCGUCUUUGCCCGAGGCACGUUCAACCAUCAAAGUCAUUGCCAUUUUGCUUCUGAUCCAGAAGACCUACCUGCUGAUAAUUCUUUCUCAAUGACACUAAGUCAAACUAAGGAAUUACUGAGAAGAAGCAACACUGCUGAAAUAUCUGCAAUAAUCAAGGCCUUUUCUUCCUCGAUCAUCUGCACAUCGCCGGCCCAGAUCUUGCAGAAUUUUCCUUCAAUUAUGACUGUCUCAAAGAAUCUUCAUGGAGUUACUGUCUGGCUUCUGUCAUCACUGUUCUUUGUCAAUGGAAGUCUACUUGCUAGGGUUUCUAAGUUGUGGCCCGAGUUGUUUUCUGCUGCUUUAGAAAUGGUUGCCUCAAGGAUAGACUGUAAAGGCCAGAAAGAUGAUGCUCUUAAUAUGUAUGGUGAUUCCUUUGGAAGUGAAUUACCUGCUACUGCUUUUAGUUUGUUCUUGGAAGAGGGACCUUUCCAUGUUUUGUUCCUUGUGGUGAUGAGCUCUAAUGGCCUUAUCUUGUCAGGGUCCUCAGACUUCGAAAUUCUGCUUCUGGAUAAACUCUCUGAAUCAACAGUGGAAUGUCUUAUAUCCUAUGUGCGCCUUGUGCUCUUUUGGGUACAUCAGAUACAACUUUCAUAUCGCGAUCUUCCAUCAGCAGAAGUUAAAAGAUUUUCUGAAAGUUGUGUUGGUCUUCUCAAGUCCAUUUUGGCUCAAUUAUUCUCUUCUAAGCGAUUCUUGCAAUCACCACAGCUAAUGCAGGAAGCGGCUGAAGGUAUGUUUUAUCACCCAGCAGUGACGGCGUUCUUGUCCCCCACCUGGCUCUCUAGUGAAAGAUUCACUAAGCAAUACAUGGCUGACCCUUCUGAUGCCUUUUCUAGCUUGUCAGAGAAUAGUACAGAGGAGACAGACUUUCAUGUCUUAGGUGUUUUGGAAACAGCUUCUUAUUUCUUAUGGUCCUUAGUCAGCGGCCAAAAUAUUGUAACAGAGUCUGAAAAGGGCGGCCUUCAGCACCUUGCAAAUGCUUUCAACUCAUUGAUCCAAAGACUUCUGGCAGAGGUCAGGAAGAGAUUUGAGUUAUGUGUAGAAAUGAAAAGUGUCAUAACUCUACUUCCUGUAUAUAGAGCUUUACUUGCAUUGGUUCGUCUUAUAUCCCCCCUCCAGCUUUUGGCAUUUGUGCGAUGGAUCUUUGAUAGAAUCAACAUAGAUGAUGUUUCAAUUACUGAAACAUUUGGAAAAACUCUGCUCUCCAUUGGUUGUCAUGUUGCAUCUUGUGCAUUUGACACAGUAGAUAUUUAUUUGCAGCAGCCAAUCGCAAAACGAGCACAGUUUGAUAUAUUCUGGAAAGCUGGAGAGUGGAACUUUGACAUUAAUAUUAUUGGAGAAAUUUAUCUGAAUGUGCUCAAGCAAGCCCAACUUUUCCAAGCAGAUUUUGCUGAUUUGUGUUUGCUGAAGGCUAUCAGCGCUGUGUACAGACAGAAAUCAGCACAGUAUCUCAAUUUACACCCUUUGAGUUUCGUCCUGUUGAGGGUUGUAGGGGGCACUCCUCUGGAAAUGCUUUCUUAUUGCAUUAACAGGAUAAGUGUCACAAGAGCUAAGAUCUUAUUUAUGAUUGUCGAGUUGAAUCCAUUGCAGCUGUCAAUCUUUGGGCACAUAUUUUCCAAUAUUCUGCUUCCAGAGGACAAUUUAACAAAAAAGAACCAGAGUUGUUCUCUUUCAAUUGAGGACCUUCUGAUGCUACUUCCCAGUGCUCUGUCUUUCUUGAAAUCAACUGUUCUGCGAUAUGGAAAGGAGUGCUGCUCAACAUUCAGUAAUAUUCCUCUGGUUUAUUCUAGGAUUCUCUUAGAUGGUUUUCGUCAAUGGAAAAGUUUCGUAUCAGGAUUCUCAUUCCAGGAGGAAUAUGCCGAGUUCUUUCCAUCAUCAAUGGAGGAACUUCUCAAAAUUGCUGAGGGCAGUUUUCUUGGGAAAGCAGUUUGCAUGCUACGGUAUCACUUUCUCUUGAAUGGUGGAUCAGUAAAGCUGAAGAAAUGCUUGAAAUUAUUCAAUUCAAUCUUGCCAGAGUCUGCCAGUCACAAUGAGCUCCUGGAUUGUGAUAUCGAAGAAUUGAGCUCUUGUUCAACAAAGGAGUUACUAAAUGUUAUUAGCAGAGUUUUUGCAAAGAUUUCAUUGUGUCAAAUGCUAUUGUUUCCUGAAUGUGACAUUUCUGAGGAUGUCAAAUCUGAUGGUCUGUUCUCAUCAAGGACUCGAUUGAUACGCCUCUUGGUGUACACAUGGCAGCAAAUUGUCAAGAAGUUACCCUUAGGAUCUGACAAUUCUGCAAAAGGAAAGGGCACAGAAUCCUCAUCCUUGUAUAACUAUUUGGAAGCUUUUGUCCUGAGAAGCAUCCACGUUUUGACAACGAAGAUGCGCGAUGAUCUCAUUCAGCUGCAAUCGAUUCCCUUCCUUGAGGAGUUGAUAAGAUCCAUUCUUCUUUUUAGGUUUGAGGAUCCCAAAAGUUUGAAGACACUCCGAAGCAUCCUAACUAUACUCUGGGAUGGACAGUUUUCUUGUUUUCCAUAUCUACAGUUGUUGCUUGCGCACUCACAGUUCCCCCACACACUGCAUUCCAUCUCCAAGACAUCUGAAAGUCUACAGCUUGGAGCAUUUUUAAGGCCCAUGUCCAGCAUUCUGAGGACAAUCAAUAUUCCUGCCAUGAAUCACUCUGAUAGAGAGAAAGAUAAGGAGAUGGCUGAUCAGUGCAUAAGGAAGUUGGAAGUUCUCAAGUUACUAAGGACACUGCUUCACUUUACGGGUUGUGAUCAUGGACAGUCUGCGAAGGAAGAUGGAAUAAAUUUUCAAGAGCUACUCAUGUUGCUUCUUUCUUCUUAUAAUGCAACUCUUGAUGAGAUUGACCAGGAGAUUUACAGCCUCGUGCAAGACAUAGAAUUUACUUAUGGUGACAAAGCAAACCUUGCAGAAACAGAUUUCCUCUGGGGAAGUUCUGCCUUGAAAAUAAGGAAGGAGCGAGCUCUAGAGCAAAACAUAUUAACUGAUGUUGUGAAUGAUGCUGGAGCACUCGAACAACGUCGGAGAAGUCAAGUUAGGGAGAACCUUCCUAUCAAUCCCACAUUAUGUGCGGCAACUGUUCUUGAUUUCCCUUAUGAUAGAGUAGCAGUUACUGGACCAUCACCUUUGGAGACCAUUGACACAAAUGAGAUAAAUAACAUGCCUGAGAUACAUACAUGUGGUGCCAAAAGGAUUCGAAGAUAUGAUCCUGUUUUUAUCAUGAGAUUCUCACUCCACAUGCUAUCAGUUGGCUUCAUUGAACCAGUGGAGUUUGCGAGUCUAGGCUUGGUAGCUGUUGCUUUUUGUUGCCUGUCUUCCCCUGAUGAUGGAAUGAGAAAGUUGGCUUAUGAAGCUCUUGCAAGGCUUAAGAAUGCACUGGAGACUUGUCAGAAGAAGAAGGCUGUCAUUCGUCUUCGCCUUUUGUUGACCAAUGUACAAAAUGGUAUUCAAGAGCCGUGGCAAAGGCUUCCUUCUGUUAUCACUCUUUUUGCUGCAGAGGCAUCCUUUGUAUUGUUGGAUCCAUCACAUGAUCAUUAUGCAGCGUUGAGUAAGAUCUUAACGCGCUCAGCCAAAAUCAACAUGAAGAGUGUGCCGCUGUUUCCCGAUUUCCUGUGGAGUACCGCCGUCAAUUUCAAGUCAGAAAGAUUGUGGAUACUUCGCCUGAUUUAUGCUGGCCUGAACUCAGAUGAUGAUGCCACCAUUUUUACAAGGAACUCCAUUUUUGAGAAUCUGCUCAGUUUUUACUCCACUCCUGUUUCAGAUUAUGAGUCAAGGGAGCUGAUUCUUCAGAUUGUAAAGAAGUCAGUUAAAUUGCCGAAGUUAGCUCGUUAUCUAGCAGAACAGUGUGGUCUCUUUUCAUGGUUGUCAUCCGUCCUCUCAUUCGCCACAAACAACCUCUCUGGAGAUGACAGAAGUUUCUGCUCCAGACAGCUCAUUGCAGUUUUAGAGGUUGCAUACGAUUUGACUUUGUCUAGAAACAUUACUGAGUGGUUGCAAAAAUAUGCCCUUGAGCAGCUCUCCGAGCUUUCUUCUCAUCUCUUAAAGCUUUUACACGGCAAUGUGAAAUUGUCGGGUGGAGGCGGUUCAGUGGUUGAUUUGAUUUUACAGAUAAUGAUAUCAACUCUCAAGAUAUCCCAGAAGAGGAAGCUUUACCAGCCUCAUUUUACCCUCGCAAUGGAGGGUCUCUAUAAAGUGUAUGAAGUGGUUAGCUUAUAUGAUUCUACAGGAUCUCAUCUGACUUCUGAAUAUGGGCUCAACGUAAUGUUGAUGAGUACACCUCAGCCGAUUCUGAACAUGGAUCCAGAGAAGCUCUCGAAGUUCGUUACGUGGGCCAUCACUGUCGCUUUGAAAUCAGACAACGCACAAAUGCUUCAGUCUAGAUUUGCUCGUGCCCAUCUUGCUCUCUUCUCCCCAGAGGAAGAGACAUCUGAAGAACCUAUGAUGUCAAAACUCCUGCGAUGGAUCACGGCAUCAGUAAUUCUGGGGCAUCUCUGUCAGAGAUCUCUUUAUACAGAUGCCGUGGUCUCCACGAGAUUGAGUUUGAGAACUCUGGAGGUGGUGUUGGAAAGCAUCAAAGGAUCACACAGGAGAGAAAGUAAUGGAAGUUCUCCUGGCCGUGAAGAGUUUCUAAUCGAUGCAAUGCUCUACUUUCUGCAGCUUCUCGGGACAAAUUGCCGAGUGCUCCCCUCUGUUGUGUCUGCGCUAUGCAUGCUGCUCCUGAAUUCCUCUGAAGCCACGGGAGCUGAUUCGGAAUUCUUCCUUCAUGGCAUUUCAGGAUCAUCAGUUCUUUCGAGGAUACGAUGUCCCGCAGAAGCCAAUCCCACUUGGAGAUGGUCGUUUUAUCAGCCAUGGAAGGAUCUGACAUCGGAACGGACUGCUCUGGAGGAAAUGGAUGAAUAUCAUGCCUGUCAAACUCUGCUGGUGGCGGUUUCGAAUUUCCGAGGAAGGAAACUGCCGGGUUCACAGGUUCUUUCUCCUCUAGAUGUUGAGAAGUCUGGUGUAUUUGAAUGGGAAAGAAGCCUUAUUGCAGAGCAGAUGGACGGUGUGCACGUUGAAUCAUGAGAGAUGUUGCAGUGGACUCGGCAAUCAGUUUUCCCGCAAUCAAGCCGGUCCCUUGUCCAAGUGUAACAUUAUAUUUACGAUACGACACACCUACCGACAGAAACAUGUACAUGUACAUAUUUCAAACACAAGUGUCACCAGAAAGAGAUCAAUGCAUCUGUUCUGAUCAAUGUCAGUUUUUCGUUCUUUCGUAGAUUGUCGAAUUGAGGUAGCGUGGAAGAGGUGGUGAUAUUGUAUCAGCUCAAAUUCUUUGACGAAGUGAGCUCAUUGCCUCUUCUCCAGCGACUUCCUAUGGCCUGCUGGCUCAAUUGUGUGUAAUGACCUUAUAGUCGGAAUUUAAAUUCCGGGAUCGAGCUAUAACAGUAAAUUCUAUUGAAACUAAUCUGAAUGUAUCAGAAGCCUAUUAGUAUUA